UAAUCCCCAGUACCUCAAUUAAAAAAUAAAACAAAUAAAUAAGCCUAAUUACCCCCCCUUAAAAAAACCCACAAAAAUUAAAAAAUAAAUAAAAAGAACAAAUAGAAAACAAAUGGCAAGAUGGUAGACUUAAGCCUAACUAUAUCAGUAAUUACUAAAUUGGACUAAACAUCAAAAAGGCAGACAUCAUCAAACUAGGUAAAAAAGCAAUACCCAGCUACAUGCCAUUUUAAAAAGACAUAUUUCAUUUAUUUUUUAUUAUAUACUUUAUUUUUAAAAUUAUUAUUAUUAUUAUUUUUAAUGGUGGUACUAGGGAUUGAACUCAGGACCUCAUGCAUGCUAAGUAUGAGUUUUAACAACGAGCUGUACCUACCCCCCUAAAAGAGGCAUACUUUAAAUAUAAAGUAUAUACACAGAAAAAUUGAACAUGUUGAAAGUAAAAAGAAUAAAAAAUCUAGUGUUAAUACCAAAGUAGACUUCAGGGAUUACUAGAAAGGAUUUCCAGAGAGAAAGACAGAAAUAUUAUAAUGAUAAAAGGCUCAAUUCAUCAGGAACACUUAACAGUCCUGAAUGAGUAUACAUCUAAUAAAAGAACUUCAAAAUACAUGAAAGCAAAAAUUAACAAUUAAAUGGAGAAAUAGACAAAUCCACAAUUAUAGUUUGACAUUCCUCUAAUCUCUGUAAUCUUUGUAACUGAUAGAAAAUGCAGAGAAAAACUCAGUAAGGAUAUGGAACAACAUUAUCAGCCAACUUGAUCUAAUUGACAUUUAUCCAACACUGCAUACAAUAACUGCAAAAUACCAUCCUUUCAAGUGCAAAUAGAACAGUCAUCAUGAUAGGCCCUAUGAUGGGUCACAAAACAAGUCUCAAUACAGUUUGAAGAAUAAUCUAGUGCAAGUAAUUAUUAAAAUGAGGGAAAGUGUUAGCUCUGUCUCAUAAUCUAUGGUUCUAUGAAUUCUAUUCAGACAUAAGAAGUUUUCUAGCACCUUCUUCCCAGUCUAGCAAUAUUAUUAUUAGGUUUUUAUUAGGUUGCUUAUUAGGUUUUCCAAGAUCUUACUAAGAUUAAGACCCAGUUCUUUAAUCUCCUGAAGAAUUGAAUUAUUUAAAUAGAAACUGCAAAGAAUGAGAAGAGCACGAACUUAGUCUCCCUUUUCCUGGGUUCUGAAGCUCUCUAUUCUCAGAAAAUUGCAGUUUUCCACCUGAAGUUUGGCACUAUGUGAUUUAGACUCCAGCACAUCUGUUGCUUAUGAUUUUUUAAAAAAAAAACUCAGUUGCCACUGAGGACAAUGAACUUCUGCAAAAGAGAAUCUGUCAAUUAGAGAUGUUCUCUUUAGAGCCCUAGUUACUCAGCUCAGUUCUAGAGCUAAGGGAAACUUUGUCUACCCGCAAAAAGGUGUCUGUGUGUUUGUGUUCAGUACAAAUGUCUCAAGAAGCAGUAGUUGGAUAAGAAGGCUUUGAAAAUACAAUAUAGCUCCUAAACUAGGUUCUGUUGGCCUUAUUGGGCGGAUUUGCUUGAAAAUGUUGUGCUAAUGGCAUUUUCUUGGGGAGAGAGCUCACAGCUUUCCUUCAUCAGUUUCUCAAGGAAUAGGAGCCUUAACCUCUAGAAUGCUAAAAGGACAAUGUAUCAUUUGUUUUAAGUCACUGAAAGCAUUUUCAUGUCUUAGCUUUACAAAAGACUCAAAACUGCAUUUCUGUUUUCUCACGUGUAAUAUAGAAUUGUGCCCCAAACAUCUAUGUGCUCAUUGAUUUCACUCAACUUUUUUUCAGUCUGUUUAUUUACAUCUUGUGGAAUAAAACUCCGGGGACACCAGCUGGGAAAACGCUGGCUUAGAAAAUUGACAUGUUUUUCCAUUCAUUUCAAAUACAUCCCAAGCCUGUACUACUGUAAGAAUCCGCUGGGUCUGUGGAGACUGCCAUCAGGAAUGAGGACUCCGGCCUAAUGGAACGUAAUGUGCAGACACAGGGCUCCAGCAUGACGGUUGAGAGCAUGUGCAUGAAGUCAGUUGGGCCCAAAUCUGGACCCAGCUCAGCCCAUCUCUCAGUAGCAAUUGGAUCUUAGAAAAAAGCCAUGAAAUGUCUUUGAGCCUCAGUUUAGAUCCCUCAUCUGUGAAAUGGAGCUAAGCAGGUAAUUACUAUUAUACGUGACUUUUUUAGAUUCUUUUUGGAAAACAAAAAUUUUUUUUGGCUUAAUGUGUGAUUUGAUCUGGAUUCUCCCUCCUUCCUCUCUAACUUUGCUUCUUGGCCCCCAAGUUCAUUUUGCUCCAGAUCCACUGGCUUUCUUUUCUGUACCUUGAGUAAAGCAAACUUAUUUCUAUCUAAGGCUCUUGGCAUCUGUUAUUUCCUCUACCAGGAGGUACUUCACUGGAUUGCUACUUUUCUUUUGCUCAUGCUUUCUUUUCUUUUCUUUUUUUUAAUUUAAUUUUAAAAAAACGAAUUAUAGUUGAUUAACAAUGUUGUGUUAGUUUCACGUUUACAGCAAAGUGAUUCAGAUAUAUAAAUAUAUUAUUUUUCAGAUUCCUUUCCAUUAUGGGUUAUUACAAGAUAUUGAAUAUAGUUCCCCAAGUCCUUGUUUAUCUCCUCACUCUUUCUUAUCCUUGGAUUUAGCUCACACACAUUCCCUUAGCAUUUUCAUGACCAUUCACUACCAUAUAUACUCACUAUCACCUUUCUGUUACUGUUUUCUCAGUACUUACUGUUAUUUAAUACUUGUCUAGUUUUCUUUAAAAAAAAAUUUUCUCCUCAUCUGAACUUGUUGAAGGCUGUGGUCCCUGGACUCAGGACAGUGUCCAGCAGGGGAAAGAGCUCAGUAAUAUAUAUUUGUUGAAUAAAUGAACAAAGUGAAAUAAAGUGGUACGAAAAGAGUGUAGACAAGGCGAUGGGAGAUAUUAAAAACUCAUCAACAUUAGCAGUUUGGUUUUAUAUACUCUUGUUAUUUAUGGAGUCAGAUGCGCUACGAGGUUGGCCUAUACUCUUGUUAUUUAUAACAUCUACAUUUCAGAAGAGGAGAUUCGUGUUUACAUUUGCAUAACAAACUUGGUCAAGAAAGUAAUUGGUCUAGAACAAUAGUCCCAUAUCAGAGGUGAGCCCAGAUUCCAACAAUGCAAAACAGAAUUUCUCUUUCCCCACCCACAAGGUUUACCAAAAAUUCUUAAGUGGUUUUCCCCCUGGCUAAAUGUGACAUCUAUUAAAAUGACAGAAGGUUACAGUUACUUAAGGGUGAUGCAGACACAUCCUUUGGAAGGGAAAGUUAUUUCCACCUGGAGUUUACGCGGAUGCUGGAUUGGCCUCUGAUGGAUAGGUAAGAUAAAAUGAGUAAAUGGUCAGAUGGAUGGACUGGGAGGGAUGCGUGUAGGUGGGGAGGGGGUUACCCCGCAAUUUCCGUCAGAGCCACCAAAAACCACCCCAAAUAAACCUUCAAGCUAAGUAAGAGAACUGGGCCUGCUUUGCAAAUACAGCAGCUUUAACCAUGUCCAAUCAGAUCCCACCCAUAUGCCUCUCCUAGCCACUUUGGGGCUGGGCUGUUAACUGGAUCUAGGUGUAGAGAGAAGACCAUAGCCUGGACUCCAUUUCCUCUUCUUAAAUGAAUGGUGGUAAAUAAGGUUAAGGCUGGAAUCAAGAGCCUCAAAUGCCAGGGCAAGAGCCUGCACCAUUAAGAUCUCUAGAGCGAUCAGUAAAUGACCUCAUGAGUAAUGUGGUUAGAGAGGAAAGAGACCAAUGUGAGGAGGCCAGAGACAAGGCUGUUAAUUGUCCAGGCAAAAAAGGCAACAUGGGCUCCAGAAUCACAGGAGAAUAAAUACGAACAAUUUUAAAGAAAAGAAAAAAGAAAGAUGGGACAAGAGUCAUACAGGUCAGAGGAGUCCAGUAGAGCUGUGCGGACCGGAGGCGCAGCAGCAUGUUGCGCGAGGGUUUCAAGGGGUUCGUUCUAAUGCUUUUGGCCCAUAGGAUACAAAUAUUCUGUGCCUCUUCAAAAUAAUAGUCCCUUGUGUCUACUGGCCAUAUCAUGAAAUAGAAAUAAUGAAGGCACUGUAUCUUUUAAAAAAAAUCCCCUUUUGUAGCACUUCCUUAAAAACAGCCACUUAAUGCAACUCUGCCAGUGAGUUCUUGACAGUUCUUUCUUAACGAUUCUGAUGUUAAUGAAACAACUUGCUAAAGGGUUGAAGUGUCUUCCUGGUAAGUGUUUAGCUUAUGUUUUUCAAAAUUCCUUGUAGUAACUGUUAAUUUUCUUCUUUGGCCUAAUGAGUGUUUCUCACUGACGGCCUAUUCUGAUACUAAAAAUUAAGCAAUUAAAGUGAUCGAUAAUGUUUUCAAGCUUUUUCCUUCCCUUUGGGUUUGCUACUUUCAAGAGUCAUGAUGGUUUGGGGGAUAUUUUAGUCAAAGUGAGUAGUUCCAUUUAAGUAUUUAAUUCAAAGUACUACACUCAGGUUAUUUUGAUAUUAUUUGAUGAUAACUCAAGUUAUUUACUUUGGUACUUAUGAGUUGAGGCAUAAUUAAUUGAAUGUUAUUGACAUGGGCUUUUAAAAAUACAUAUACUGAUAAUAUCCAUUAGGGACCAUAGCCCAAACAGUAAUUUAUGGAUUAUUUUUCUGCUAAAUUGUUUAACACCUCCCACACUGGGAAGCUGUUUUUUUUUUCCCCUAGCUUUACUGAGAUAAUUGACAUGUAACAUUGUAUAAGCUUAGAAUAUACAACAUGAGCAUUUGGCAUAUAUCUAUAUUGGGAAGUAAUUGCCACAGUAAAAUUAGUUAACAUAUCCAUCACCUCACAUUGUUACCUUUUGUUAUGGUUUUUCUUCUCAUAUUCUCUUUUAAACGACAUAGUAAUUUCAAAGAAUAGAAUUUUGAUGUUUGACAUUAUAUCGAUGUGUUAUGGCUAUGGUAUAAUAACAGCAUUAGAUUAUAUCACCUUAUUGUAUUAUUCAGUGUUAAAGAGUAAGUUCAUUGUGUUUGCAGGAUAAAUGCUAAAAACUUGUACAAACAGAGCUGGUUGAUGUGUUUAAUGAAAUGAUAAGGCAUGUUAGACCCAACCUACGUUCUUUCUUGUUAUGUGGAUUUGUUUGUUUUUUGUGCAGUUUUAUAGAACAAAGUUAUAAAGUUAAAAAAAACAUUUAAUGUGGGUCAGUAUGAUAAUUGUUAUUUAAAACAAAAUCUAAAUGACUUACAGAGAUAAAGUAGGUAACGUAAAAUUAUAGACUGGGGCUCUUAACCUAGGAUUUUAGAAUGUCUACGCGUGGGUUUCAGAAAGUACAUUUUAUUUGUAAUGUUUUUUGUUUGUUUGUUUUUGUUUUGGGAGGAGGUAAUUAGAUUUAUUUGCUUACUUAUUUUUUAAUGGAGGUACUGGGUAUUGAACCCAGGACCUCAUGCAUGUUUACCAUGCACUCUACCACUGAGCUCUACCCUCCCCUUAUGUAAUGUAAAUUCACAUUUCAUGAGAGAAGAGGCAUAUUUUUCACUAGAUUCUCAGAAGUCUAUAUGACACCAGAAAGGAUGAAAAAUAAAAAUCACACACAGACAUAAAAAUCACUGUUAUAAAUGGAGAGCCAUGCUAAAGUAAAAAGAUUUUGAUUUCCAGUAUUUUAAAAGAAUUUUGAAAUACUUACUCAAAUUAUUUCUGUAUUUUCAUAUAAGUUGUUUACAUAAUUAACUAUUUAGUUAUUUUAACAUUUAAGAAAUUUUAUAAUGGAAGAAAAGCAAAAAUAAAUCCUUGUAGGAAUUUCUUUAGAAAGAAAAUUUGUACUCGUCAAAGAGAAUUCAGAUGGUACUUUUGGUUUAUAUAAGGUAUAUCCAGAAAAUAUUUUAAGGAAGGUUCUUUUAAUUUAGAGGCAAAUCAAAUAGAGACACUGUUUAAUUUUGUUUUUUAAAUAUUAAUCUUUUCCAGAAGUGCCAGUUUAUUAAUGAAGCAUGCAGGCUUGUGUUGAACAAGACAAGCUGGGUCAAGCAUUUGAAGAUGCUUUUGAAGUAUUGAGGCAAAAUUCCACUGGAGAUCUUCAGUACUCCCCAGAUUACAAAAAUUACCUGGCUUUCAUCAACCACCGUUAUCAUGUCAAAGGAAAUUUCAACAGCUGUGGUGUGCUGCCUACAGAGGAACCCACCUAUAAUCGGAGAACAGUAAUAAACAUCCCUGAAAACCAGCUGGUACAACCUUCUGUUCUCCAGCAAAAGGGAGGAAAAGGAAGGAAGAAGCUCCGACUGUUUGAAUACCUUCACGAAUCCCUGUGUAAUCCCGAGAUGGCGUCUUGUAUUCAGUGGAUAGAUCAAACCAAAGGCAUCUUUCAGUUUGUAUCAAAAAACAAAGAAAAACUUGCCCAACUUUGGGGGAAAAGAAAAGGCAACCGGAAGACCAUGACUUACCAGAAAAUGGCCAGAGCCCUGAGAAAUUAUGGAAGAACUGGGGAAAUCAUCAAAAUCCGGAGAAAGUUAACUUACCAAUUCAGUGAGGCCAUUCUCCAAAGACUUUCUCCAUCUUAUUUCUUGGAAAAAGAUAUCUUCUACUCACAGUAUGUUCAACCCGAUCAAGGAUAUCUCAGUUUAAAUAACUGGAAUGCAAAUUAUAAUUAUACAUAUGCAAAUUACCAUGAGCUAAGUCACCCUAAUUGCUAAAUGCACUCUUACAUUUCAAUUUUCUAGCAUUGGAAAUUCCUACAAAUUUUAGGAUUUUUCACUUAAAGCAAAUACUGAAGAAAAAAUAACUUUAUUAUUGCUGUCUUUUGUGAACUAGUACAUAAUCUCUACUAACUUGAGAAAUUUUGCCAGUGAACAACUUUAAAAUGAUCAAGUCUCGUUUGAAAGUAUAGACUAAAUGUCCUUCCUCUAACCAUUGUCUUUGCAAUGCUUUCUUCUAGAUUAACAGUGCCAGUAGAGAUUAUUUGAUUUAUAUAUUGAUUUAAACAUUGUUUUCCUGUCAUACACUCAGACAAACAAAUCACUGUAAUACAUAUAACCAACAGCUUUAGCAACAAAACAAAAAAAUGAUUGCCUGUGAUAGUGUUCAGGCCAAAUAACAUUCAUAGCUUUAAAAACUUCAGUGGC